AUGGCAACAGCGACAGGCGGAGCCCAAGAGAAGCCUGAAGAGAAAAAUCUUUCGCGGGAUUGGCCGGGGAGCUAUGAGGGGCGGGGCUAUGAAGGAGACAGGCGGCUCCCAAGUAACUUCCGCUUCCUGCUUUGCUCCUCGCGGCUCCGCCAUCAGACCGGUUCGGACCCCCGCCGACUUCGGAUGCUCGCGGCCUGCUCGGCUCCGCCGCGUACUCAGCCGCUGCCAGUGCCUAAGCCCUGCGUCCUGGGCCGGGAUUGGAAGGUGGAAUCAUCUCCAAAGCUGGGCUUCUCUAUGGAAGAGUCAUCCCAGGAAAUACUCACGUGGGAUCGUCCCUGUGUUUCUAGUUUGGGAGAAACUUCAGAAUGUGAUGCCAGACUAGAGAAGCAGCCAAGGAAAGUAGUGAGACAUCCCAGACUUGGUCCUGGAGAGAAACCCUAUAAAUGUAAUGACUGUGGGAAGGCCUUCCGACAAAGCUCACAACUUAUUGUUCAUCACAGAAUUCACACUGGUGAGAAACCUUAUGAAUGUAAUGAAUGUGGGAAGGCCUUCCGUGAGAGCAAAGAACUUAUUCGACACCAGAGAAUUCACACUGGAGAGAAACCUUAUGAAUGCAAAGAAUGUGGGAAGGGCUUCAGAGAGAGCAAAGAACUUACUAGACAUCAGAGGAUUCACACUGGAGAAAAACCUUAUGAAUGUAAAGAAUGUGGAAAGGCCUUCAGACGGAGAACUGGACUUAAUGAACAUCAGAGAAUUCAUACUGGGGAGAAACCUUAUGAAUGUAAUGAAUGUGGGAAGGCCUUCAGACGGAGAACUGGACUUAAUGAACAUCAGAGAAUUCAUACUGGAGAAAAACCUUAUGAAUGUAAUGAAUGUGGGAAAGCUUUCCGUGAGAGCAAAGAACUUAUUCAACACCAGAGAAUUCAUACAGGAGAGAAACCUUAUGAAUGUAAAGAAUGUGGAAAAGCCUUUAGGCGGAGCACAGGACUUACUGAUCAUCAGAGAAUUCAUACGGGAGAGAAACCUUAUGAAUGCAAUCAAUGUGGCAAGACCUUCCGCUGGAGAACAGAACUUACUUCCCAUCACACAAUUCAUACUGGAGAGAAACCUUAUGAAUGUAGCGAGUGUGGGAAGGCCUUUCGCCUGAGUGCUCAUCUUAUUCAACAUCGGAGUAUUCAUACUGGGGAGAAACCUUAUGAGUGUAAUGUUUGUGGGAAGGCCUUUCGCUGGAUCACAGGACUUGCUUCCCAUCACAGAAUUCAUACCGGAGAGAAACCGUAUGAAUGUGGGGAAUGUGGGAAGGCCUUCCGCCAGAGCACACAACUUUCUCGACAUCAUAGAAUGCAUACUGGAGAGAAACCCUAUGAAUGUACUGAGUGUGGAAAGGCCUUCUGCCUGAGCACACAACUUAUUCAGCACCAGAGAAUCCAUAACAGAAUGAAGCCCUUUGAAUGGUGAAGCCUCAUGAAGGUGAUGAACAGGAGGUGUGGUUGACAUAAGAGAGCACUCACUGAAGUUUGGAGAAUUCAAACCAUGAAGAUCAAACCCGGUCAGAUUUCCCACAGUGGCUAUCACCUCAGUCUUCAGAAAUCAGUCACUUGCCACUUCCCUCCUUCCACCCCUACAAUGAGACAUAAAAGUUAUUCGUUGAGAAAAUUGUGGCAAUCUGGCCAGAACUUGUUCCUCCAGCUCUUCUCCUUAAAAGUUCUGCGAGGCAUCACCUCCUCCCUUUUCCUUCCUCCUAGUCUCAGAAGAAUGGGUGCCAUGACUUGCUAAGACUAAAUCCUCUGCCUGUCUAUUGGGUCUCAGCCCCUCCCAGCCAUUCCCAGAGUCUUACUCCAGCACUCAUCCCCCUUAGGCAUUUCCAGGCUAUAACUGACUCCUUCCUAUUGCUUUUAAACAUGUUUGGGUCUCCCCACUACUCUGGAAAGGCCUCCCUGCAUUCUGUCACCCUUGUUCUACUGAAACCCUUCUCAGAAGCCGUCAGUCUUCUCCUGAUCACCAGACCCAGUGGCCUCAGUCCCUUUCUCCUUUGCAGUCUUGAGGCUGCUGAGCCCCCUGACGUUAUCUCCUCCCUGACAGCACUUGAGUUUCCCCCCGGUAUUCAGCUCUUCCUCUUCUGUCUCCAUGGGUCCACUUCUCUCCUCUGGUGAGUCUCAUUUGGUCCUUUUAUGGAAGCCAAGAACUCUCAGGAAGAGCCCAGAAGCCAGGAGCUGGAAGAAGAGCCAGGGCACGAUGGGUUUGGGCAGCAGAAGGCUCAGAACAGAUGCUCUCCUUGCCCUCCGUGCUCGCCAGCACUUUUACAGGCAAACCUGCUAGCCCCGGCUGGGUCCUGAGGAAGGAUGGCAUCAUUGUUUUUCAGGAGCAUUUUAUCUCAGAGUCCGGGGAGGGAGAUGGCGUGAUCCUUCUUCAAGUAGAGACUCAGACUGCACUCUCGUGACUCCAGCAGGAGGUGAGGCCCCCCUCCAGGAGUCCUCCAGAGGGUCGGAAGUCAGUCAAAGCCCUGAUCGACAAGGGAAAUGAGACUCUUCAGGGUGACCAGAAAACUGGACUCACCAUUGCAGGCCGAUGCAACGUAUGAUGGUGAUACUUUACACGGGGUGGAGUGUCCUCAGUCAUUGUUAGAAUGACCUCUGGGGACCUGUGAGCAUGAUGGGGAGAUGGAAGGUGCAAGAAAGGUGCCUUACUUACUGAAUAAUAAGUCCUCUCUCAAAGAAGGGGGAUUUUGGCGCGUGCACGCGUGUGUGUGUUUGUGUGUUUAUACAUACACGUGUGCAGGCAUGUGUGCCUGUGUUUGUGCGUGCGUGUGUGUAGCAGUUUCCUCAUAGGUACCGCCAGAGCUGUGUGGAAUAUUGCUCUCUGGGCCCAGUGGCCUGGACUGAGUGAGUGUCCGAGAGCAGCCAGCUCCAAGGCUUUGAUUGUCCUCUUUAACGUGGAGGACCCUUGGACUGCCACCUUGGCCCAUCUCAGAGCACCAGCUGCUACGGGACAUCUCCCCUCACCUGGUGUGUGCCAGGGGCACCAGCCUUCAUCUCACCUCCCGGGUUCAAACCUCGGUGCUAUUUUUACCUCUUCUUUUCCGAUCAGUUACCAAGUCCUUUUGAUUCUACCUCUGUGGUCUCUCUCACACGUGUCCUUUCCUCUGCUCACCUGGCCACUCCCUUCCUCAGCUCCUGUUUGGAUUAUGCAGCUGUCACUUCCAGGUCUUCUUCCCUGGCCUGCCUUCUGUCUCCACUGCCAUUUGUCUCUUCCUAAUGACCUCAUCAUGUGACAUAUACUCAGAAAUCAUAGACGGUUCCCUGUUGCCUGCAGAGUAAUUAUCAAACUCCUUUUGAUUGAUAUUUAAGGUCUUCCCAAAUCUAGCGCCAAGCAGCCUACCCAGGUUUGUCUCCUCCGUGGUCUAGCCCCACUGGAUUGGUUGCUAUCCCACAGACCCACCCUGCACUUUUGGGCUUCUUUGCUUUUUCUUGUGGUGCUUUCUAUGCCUGGAACAUAGUCUCUCCUCUCUUCCACCUGCUGAAUUCUUGCAGGUCCCUCAAAGCCAAACUCAGUUGUCAUUGUUCCCGCCAAACUCCCCUUGCCCAAGACCUUACAUAGCACUUUGUUUCUACUUAUGUGAUCUUUUGUCUUGUAGUCACUUGUGUCCGUGUCGCAUCUGUGAGGAGAGGGCCUGUGUUUGAUUUCCCCUUUGUAUGUGCUCUAGGAUCUGGCACAAGGCUCUGUACUCACUUAAUGAAUAAUAAAUGUUGAUUGAGUUGA